AGCUCUCUUAGCAAGUGUAACAACCAGCAGCUGAGCAACUGCAGCACCUCAGCGCCCUACCUGCCCAAACUGCCACCCAAACUGCCACCCAGCUGCCUCUGAGCUCAGGAUCCCCCCUGUACAGCUCAGUCUCACCCUCAGCCCUGGAAUUCCCUCACUGCUGCUGCCUCUGACCGACUGAAAAUCCCCCUACUCCUGAAAAUCUCCCGCCUCGUUCCUGAAAAUAAUUGCAAAUCUUAUUGCAAGUGGCACUGAAAAUAAUUGCAAGUGGCAGGGACGUUGUGAACAGCAGUGCUGAGGUGGCACUGACCUGAGUUUGCUCUCCUGCCAGAUGUUUGGUGUUGCUGCCUGUCUUUGGGGGAAGCUGUAGCUCUUCUCAGUGCCAGGUACAGCCAGGGACAUGUGGCUCCGAGCUGCCUUCUUCCACCUGCUCCUGCUGCCCCUGAGCUGCUCUCACCUGGUGCACUGGACUUACAAAGAAGGAGAGCUGGAUGAAGAGCACUGGGGGAAGCACUUUCCAGACUGUGCUGGCAAGAGCCAAUCUCCAGUUGACAUCCAGAGGAAAAAAGUGAGGUACAACCCCCUGCUGCUGGAGCUGGAGCUGAACGGUUACGAUGGGCCUUUGCAGGGGGAUUUCAAGAUGACCAACAACGGUCACUCUGUUCAGAUCGAUUUGCCACCCACCAUGAACAUCUCCAGAGGGCUCCCAGGCCUCUACACUGCUGUCCAGAUGCACCUGCACUGGGGUGGCCUGGACCUGGAGACCAGUGGCUCCGAGCACACCAUAGACGGGCUGAGGUACUUUGCGGAGCUGCACAUUGUCCAUUACAACUCUGCUGACUACUCAAGCUUCGAAGAAGCCAAGGACAAACCCAAUGGGCUGGCUGUGCUGGCCUUCCUCUACGAGGAUGGGCACUUUGAGAACACCUACUACAGUGAAUUCAUCUCCAAACUGGCAAGAAUCAGGUUUGCAGGUCAAUCCACAAAGCUGAGUUCUCUGGAUGUCCAAGCCAUGCUGCCAGACAACCUCUCACACUUCUACAGGUACCAGGGCUCCCUGACAACCCCACCUUGCUCUGAGAGUGUGAUCUGGACCAUCUUCCACUCCCCAAUUGUCCUGUCACACACACAGAUCAGCCUCCUGGAGAACACCUUGCUGGACUGGGAGAACAGGACCCUGCGCAACGACUACCGGCACGCCCAGCCCCUCCACGGGAGGGUGGUGGAGUCCUCCUUCAGAGCCAGACCCCCCCAAGCACAAUGCCAUCCAGAAGAACUCACCCUCAGGCUGGAUCAAAUCCAGACGCAGCUCCAGGACAUGAAGACAGAGUUGCUGAAUGGAGGGAGCCAAGCAGGUAUUAAACCCAGCACUUUUCCAGCUUUCUACUUCCCUGUGGAAAACAUUGAGAGCUUUGUGGAUGUCCACCCCCUCCGUGACAUGUCCCUCCAAGCCUUCACCUUGUGUUUUUGGGCCAGAUCCCAGCACCCCGGGAGCCAGACCGUCCUGUCCUACUCCACACGGGAGAGGGACAACGAGCUGCUGGUGACCGUGGGCACAGAGGUGGGGCUGUGGGUAGGAGGCCAUUCCAUCAGCUUCCCCCUGCACCACAAGGCACAGGACUGGCUGCACUACUGCCUGGCCUGGGCCUCCCAGCCGGGAAUGGCAAACCUGUGGCUCAACGGAGCGGCCGGCAAAGCAGUGAGCGUCCAGAAGGGGUAUGUGAGCCAGGCUGGAGGGAUGCUUGUCCUUGGAAAAGACAGAGACACUCUCCUUGGGACGUUCUCCAACGGUUUUGCAGGGUGGCUGGCUCAGGUGAACCUGUGGAGCCACGUUCUCAGCCCUGCAGAGGUUCGGGCGCUUGCGCUGUGCAAACCGGGGCAGCCGAAGGGGGAUGUCAUAGCCUGGGGACAAACCCCCAUGGCCCUCCUGGGGGGGGUGGUUCUGGAGGCUGACACCAGCUGCCAGUGAUCCCAGCUGCUGGUUCUUUAAUUAAGGCAUCAGGAGAUUCUGAACUGCUUGCUGGGGGAACUGAGAAGAAUUGAGAUUACUGGCUUCUUUCUCCUUCUGCUUUGUAUGGGCUCACCGUGCCCCUGCUGCUGCUCCAGGGUGUCUGUCCAAGAGAGCAAAGCCUCCAUCAGUGGGGUAGAGGCAAAGAACAGCAGAACUUGAGGCACAGUCCAGCACCUUGGGCUGUCACACCCCUCACAGGAAUUUUAGAUCCCCCUACCUAGAUCCUUCAUGCCAAAGACCUGCUCUCCUUGGUUACAGGAGCCACUUUCUCAAAUAAAAUUUCUGUCCCAUCCUUCA